AUGUAGCAUUCAAGGAAGUAUAUGCAUGGAAGAAGGCUUGCGAGGAACCAAGUGUGAAUAUCACUGGACACCAAAGCACACCUUCUCUUAUGGGUGCUGGUCCACGAAGGUCUUCUAGCAUGGAAGAAGGAUAUGAAAUGUGAAAUGGAGCGAAGAAAUAGAAGGGAAAUGUAAAAGUGAUUUGUGCAGCUUAAACCAGAAAGGAACAAAAUCUACCUAUUAUUGUAGGUGAAUUAGCAAGGAUCAUGGAUGGACCAUAAUAAAAGAGGUCCAUAUUAGGGGCUCAUUUUAUAAUUUUUAAUGAAAGCAAAUAAUGAAAAAAUAAAUUGAAUGAAGUUAGUUAGUUACCUACCUUUCAACUAAACGAUUUUCAAUGUUUUGUACAUCUAGUAUUAGAUAGAGAGUAUUGUAGUUAGAUAUUACACUAACAUGAUGAGUUACAACUACAAGUAACAUCCAAAGUCUUGUUCAUGGAACCAUCCAUAAUGUCUUCCACCAUCACCAUGAUUCCCACAACUUCAUGGUUUACACCAAAGAGGUUACUUGGUAUAUUUUGUGUGAUUAAUUUGUUAAACUAUAUGGAUCGAGGAGCAAUAGCUAGCAAUGGUGUUAAUGGAAGUAAUGGAACAUGCACUGAAGGUGCUGCUGCUACUUGCACUUCUGCUACAGGAAUACAGGGGGAUUUUAAGUUGAACAAUUUUGAAGAUGGUGUUUUAUCAUCUGAUUUUAUGGUUGGACUUCUCAUGGCUUCUCCAAUAUUUGCGUCUCUAGCUAAGAGUGUCAAUCCAUUUAAACUUAUAGGAUCCGGAUUGUCAAUUUGGACACUAGCAACCUUCUUCUGUGGUUUUUCUUUUAAUUUCUGGUCUAUUUCAGUUUGUCGCAUGCUGGUUGGUGUUGGAGAGGCUUCGUUUAUAAGUCUAGCAGCACCUUUUAUUGAUGACAAUGCCCCAGCUUCUCAGAAAACAGCAUAGCUUGCAAUGUUUUACAUGUGUAUACCAUCCGGAUAUGCAUUUGGAUAUGUCUAUGGUGGUUUGGUUGGAAGUCAUUUUGGUUGGCGUUAUGCAUUCUGGAUCGAGUCUAUUUUGAUGCUUCCAUUUUCUAUUUUAGGAUUUGCAAUGAAGCCUUUACAGUUGAAAGGUUUUGUUCAUGCCGAUUUGAUAAAGACACGAGUACCUGAUAUAGUUGCAUCAGGAGUUCAAGUCAUGAGCCCUUCUACCGGCAGAGAUGAGUCGGUGUACUUAAAGGCAGAGUUCAGAGAUAAAAGUUCAAAUGACCAAUCCAAGUCUAAAUCUGUUACAAAAAUGUUUGAUCAGUUCUCGAGGUUUUGGAUUGAUAUGAAAGCACUUCUGCUCAAUAAGGUUUAUGUUAUCAAUAUUCUAGGUUACAUAGCGUACAACUUUGUCUUAGGUGCUUACUCAUAUUGGGGCCCCAAAGCUGGCUAUAAUAUUUAUCACAUGACCAAUGCAGAUUUGGUAUUUGGAGGAAUUACAAUUGUAUGUGGAAUAGUGGGCACAUUAGCUGGAGGAUUUGUUCUGGAUUAUAUGACUAACACAUUAUCAAAUGCAUUUAAGCUUCUCUCAGUGACAACAUUUCUUGGGGCAGCAUUUUCUUUUGGAGCCUUCUUAUGCAGAAAUGUGAACGGCUUUCUUGCUCUUUUCUCUAUUGGUGAACUUCUUGUUUUUGCCACUCAGGUACUUGUGAAUUAUGUAUGUCUCCAUUGUGUUAAACCAAGUUUGAGGCCACUAUCCAUGGCCAUGUCUACUGUUGCCAUUCAUCUCUUUGGAGAUGUGCCUUCCUCACCUCUUGUCGGAGUUCUCCAGGAUAGCAUUAACAACUGGAGAGCAACUGCAUUGAUCUUAACAACCAUAUUGUUUCCAGCGGCUGGAAUAUGGUUUAUCGGAAUAUUUGUGCAUAGCGUGGAUAGAUUUGAAGACGACAGUGAACAACAAGUGUGCACUAUACCGUUACUUCAAGAGAAGACCGGAGAAACAUCAAUAUCUCAUGCACAAUCUCAAGAAUGUUGAUUUGCUUCCUCUGUGUUUUUCAUUUUGUAAAAAUUAUGUGUGUCCGUCCACAAGUCCUAGCUCAACUGGCAAAAACGCCCAUUUAUCGUGAAAUCAUUUUACAUACGUAAACCCAUUUCCUAUGAAAUUCAUAUCAAUAGAAUGGGGUAACUCUUAUUCUCUUUUCUCGUC